UUGAGACUGUAUUUUUAUGCCUCCGAACACUUUUCAGCAUCGAAAAACGAAAUCUGCCAAACACAAUUGUAGAUAAUUUUUUUCUAUAAAAUUUUCGGGGUUUCCUGUGUUACCCAUAGGCCUUAGCGUACCGCUUUAUUUCCAAGAUGGCGGCUGCAAAUGAAGGAGUUUCGCCUUUCCCUUUGCCACCAAUACAAUACUCAAAGCUCUACACAGACGAAAAUAUCGCUCAAGGAAAUGCCCCAGAACCGCCACCACCGAUAGAGGGCAGUUACUCCGUCUUUGGGGCGUCAUUUGAGAGUGAUGAAUCCAUCAUUCGGCCGCUAGAAGUACAAGGAAUCACAAGGCUGUAUCCACAAAGAAGACUAGAUCGUAUAUCAGAAUUGAAGAAGCUGAACCAUUCAAUCCUCAUGAACUUCCUGGAGUUACUGGAUACUCUUAUCCAGACCUCCUCCUCUGCCAAGAGAGAUGCAAAGCUGGAGGAUAUUCGAGUACUCUUUAUAAAUAUGCAUCAUCUAAUCAAUGAACUGAGGCCACAUCAGGCCAGAGAAACAUUGCGUGUAAUGAUGGAAAGACAAAAGAAGCAAAGAUUGGACACAGCAGAUAAGCUCCAAAAGCAUAUCAACAGAGUGAUGGCACUUUUACAGGGAACAAUCACAUCAGUGCAUUCCACAGAUUCUCAAAAUGAUAGUUUACCCCAGCUCAAGAGCGAUGGUUCAAGUCAGGCAGGAAGUGACACAGACACAGAAGCCUUUUCAUGGCAGGAGCACCUUAUCAAUGCUGCUGUUGAAAAUGUCACGUGAUCUUUAAACUAAAAUCUCGCUUGUUAGAUAUUGUACAUAAUACAAAAUUUAGAAUUUUUAAAAUAAAGGUAUAUCAUGCAUUUAUAA